AUGUCUAGGUUUUUUAUUGUUCUUCUUGCAAUAAGUUUCUCUUUCCUGUGCUCAUCUUCAUCAGCUAUACAAAUUGACUAUGAUGCUAAUGCAGUUAUCAUCGAUGGCCAACGUCGAAUUAUUUUGUCUGGUGCAAUCCAUUAUCCUCGCAGCACCCCGCAGAUGUGGCCUGAUCUAAUACAAAAGGCGAAAAAUGGUGGCCUUGAUGCUAUUGAAACAUAUAUUUUUUGGAAUGUACAUGAACCUCGACGACGAGAGUAUGAUUUCACUGGAAAUUUGGAUUUCGUGAAGUUCUUUCAACUAAUUCAACAGGCUGGUCUCUACGGUAUUCUCCGAAUUGGUCCUUAUGCUUGUGCCGAAUGGACUUACGGAGGAUUUCCAGUUUGGUUACACAACAUUCCAGGAAUCGAGUUCAGGACAAACAAUGAAAUAUACAAGAACGAGAUGCAAAUUUUCACCACCAAGAUAGUGAACCUUUGCAAAGAGGCCAAGCUAUUUGCUUCACAAGGAGGACCCAUAAUUCUUGCACAGAUUGAGAAUGAAUAUGGCAAUAUCAUGGGACCUUAUGGAGGGGCAGGAGUUGCAUACAUGAACUGGUGUGCAGAAAUGGCUAUAGCUCAGAACAUUGGCGUACCUUGGAUCAUGUGCCAACAGGAUAAUGCUCCACGGUCUGUGAUCAAUACUUGUAAUGGCUAUUACUGCGACUCCUUUAACCCUAACAAUCCCAAGAGUCCCAAAAUGUGGACAGAAAAUUGGAUUGGAUGGUUUAAGAAAUGGGGUGAAAGGGAUCCUCAUAGAACUGCAGAAGACACAGCAUUUGCCGUUGCGCGAUUCUUCCAAAGGGGCGGCGUUCUGCAGAAUUAUUAUAUGUAUCAUGGAGGAACCAACUUUGGACUCACAGCAGGAGGUCCAUUAAUCACAACAUCUUAUGAUUAUGAUGCUCCACUUGAUGAAUAUGGCAAUCUGAAUCAGCCGAAAUGGGGACAUCUCAAACAACUUCAUGCAGCCCUAAAAUUGGGAGAGAAGAUUAUCACAAAUGGUGUACAAACAACCAAGAACCUAGGCAAUGGAGUCGAUCUUACUACUUAUACCAACAAUGCAACUGGAGAGAGAUUCUGCUACUUGAGCAAUAUAGAUGGAAGCAAAGAUGCAAAUAUUGAUUUGCAACAAGAAGGAAAAUACUUUGUGCCUGCUUGGUCUGUUAGCAUUCUCGAAGGUUGUAACAAAGAAAUUUAUAAUACUGCUAAGGUAAACGUUCAGACGUCGAUAAUGGUAAAAAAGCCAUUGACAGCAACAGCCUCGUGGUCAUGGACACCAGAGAUCAUGAAAGAUACCCUUCAUGGAAAGGGAAACUUCACUGCCUCAAAGCUUCUUGAUCAAAAACAAGCAUCUUCUGAGUCAAGCGACUACUUAUGGUAUACGACAAGUUUUAACAUCAACGCUAAGACAAAGAAUGCAAUUCUAUCUGUCAAUUCAUCUGGAGAAGUCCUUCAUGCAUAUGUCAACAAGAAGUUAAUAGGUGAUCAAAUGGGGAAUACCUUCCAAUUCCAAAAACCUAUCUCUCUUAAACAUCCGAAGAAUACUAUUACCUUGCUUAGCGUCACAGUUGGACUGCAGAAUUACGGCUCUUUCUUCGAUGUGCAACCGAAUGGCAUUAGUGGAGGCCCGGUUAAAUUGAUUGAUGCCAAAACUAAUGCUACCUUGUUAGAUUUAUCAUCAAAUCUAUGGACUUAUAAGAUCGGGUUAAACGGAGAAGCAAAAAGACUCUUUGAUCCAAACUCAAAAAAAGCUAAAGGCCAUGCUUGGUUUACCACAAAACAGGUCCCUAAAGGGAGACCCAUGACUUGGUAUAAGACAAGCUUCAAGGUACCUCAAUACACAGAUCCUGUAGUAGUGGAUUUGCAAGGAAUGGGCAAGGGACAUGCGUGGGUGAAUGGUAAUAGCCUUGGUCGAUUUUGGCUUACGCAAAUAGCUGAUCUGAAUGGUUGUAGUGCCACAUGUGAUUACCGAGGAGGUUAUUCAGCAAACAAAUGUGUGUCAAAUUGUGGAAAUCCUUCUCAGAGAUGGUACCAUGUCCCAAGAUCAUUCCUCAAUAAUGGAGAUAACACAUUGGUUUUGUUUGAAGAAUUUGGUGGAGAUCCUUCAAAUGUCUCUUUCCAAACAAUAACAGUUGGAACCGUUUGUGGUAAUGCAUAUGAAGGGAGCACAUUAGAAUUAUCAUGCCAAGGAGGCUCAAAGAUUAUGGGAAUUGAAUUCGCUAGCUUCGGAGACCACCAUGAAUUAUGUGGUUCCUUUUCAAAGGGCUCUUCUGAGGCAAUUAAUACCUUGUCCAUUGUGCAGAAGGUAUGUGUUGGAAAAGGAAUUUGCUCGAUUGAGGUAUCCGAUAAAACAUUUGGAGGAAACAACGCAACAAGCUCCGACAGGAGACUAGCUGUGCAAGCUGUUUGCUCGUGA